AUGUCAUCCCUUGAGUUUGUUCACCAUCCCAGGACUCCAACGUUGCGAAUAUUCAGUAUCAGAGAGCCUCAGAUGCAAACGGAUGACCGUCCCAGUCAGACUGAGGUCCGCGACAUCGCACGGCCGUAUCGCUCCGAGGCCGCAGAUGCGUAUCAGAUAUUCGUCAGACAUUGGCCUCGUGUUGUGGCCGCUUCUCCCUACCUUGGUCGUCGAGCGCAGAGCGCAGCGCGCACCUCAUACCUGAUAAGCGACCUCCCAUCAGCGUCGAAGCUGUUGACGGACCCUGACGUGCAAGAGGAAAAAACACCCGCAGAAGACCUCGAGACCCUGGUCUUUGUCACACGCUGCUUUGCAGGCCCGCAAGAGGACAGUCGUGUCAUUAUCAAGUGGUGUUGUUAUUCUCUUCAAAGAUCUACCGAGCCAAGCUACCCGGUGGAACUUAUUGAAGGGAAGGCUUCUCUAUUGGCGUGUGAGGCGCAAAUAACAUGCCGCUUACGCAUGUAUAUCGGCGCGUGGCGCGCGGCGCCCCGCCUUCACAAAUAUGUCAGGCCGGGUACCGUCACAUCUGAACCAUCGGACAACAGCAUCCGUGCUGAGUUGCUACCGGGAGGUGUGAACUAG